CGCGCUGUCGUAUUUCUGGACGUUGUGGCCGUCUUUCAGCGCUUGUGCUCUGCCUCUGCAACUUGACUCUUCUCUAGGAAGAGUGCUCAGCAGACCAAGAAUAUGGCCCCAGGGCUCCUGACAACAAGGGAUGAGGCAUUAAUGACCUUCAGGGAUGUGGCUGUGGCCUUCACCCAGAAGGAGUGGAAGCUACUGAGUCCUGCUCAGAGGACCCUGUAUCGGGACGUAAUGCUGGAGAACUACAGCCAUAUGGUGUCGCUGGGAAUUGCCUUUCCUAAACCAAAACUCAUCACACAACUGGAGCAAGGGGACGAGCCCUGGAGAGAGAAGAGUGAAUGUCUUCUGGACCUUUGUCCAGCAGAACCAAGAACAGAAUUCCAGCCCUGUCUCUCCUGCCCGGUGACUUUUUCCAGUCCACAGUUCCUCCAUCAAUAUGUGCUCUGUGGUCAUUCCCCUCAGAUCUUCCCAGGUACAUCUGCAGGAAGCCACUUCCUACUAGAAGCUCCAAGGUGCUUGAGUGACAAAGCUGACGAUGGAGAGAGAGAAGGCUCUGACACUGUGUUUGGGAGGCUGCGGCUGAGCGUGACUUCAAGGGCAUUCUUUAGCCCAUCUCAAGGUCAGCCAGUAGACUGGGAAGGCAACAGCAGUGGAGGAAUAGACCAGGGGAUUCCUGAGGAGGCAGAUACAACGUUGACAUCGGCAGACAUCUCAGAAUCUGGAGCAGUCAUUUGUGAAAAAUACAGACUAGGACUUAGCACAAAGUCAAGCCUCUUUAGCCUCCAGAAGCAUCAUGUGUGCCCUGAAUGUGGCAGAAGCUUCUGCCAGAGGUCAGACCUCAUCAAGCACCAGAGGACGCACACAGGGGAGAAGCCGUAUAGUUGUAGGGAGUGUGGGCGUAGCUUUGGCCGGAAGUCCUCCCUCACCAUACACCAGAGGAAACACUCAGGGGAGAAGCCCUACAUGUGCAGGGAGUGUGGGCAACACUUCAGGUAUACGUCCUCCCUAACUAACCAUAAGCGGAUACACUCUGGAGAGAGACCUUUUGUGUGUGAGGAGUGUGGGCGAGGCUUUCGCCAGAAGAUCGCCCUCAUCCUGCACCAGAGGACACACUUAGAGGAGAAGCCCUUUGUGUGUCCAGAGUGUGGAAGAGGCUUUUGCCAGAAGGCAUCACUUCUCCAACACCGUAGCUCGCAUUCGGGUGAGAGGCCCUUCUUGUGCCUUGAGUGUGGGCGUGGCUUCAGGCAGCAGUCGCUGCUCCUCAGUCAUCAGGUCACACAUUCAGGGGAGAAGCCUUAUGUCUGUGCUGAGUGUGGGCGCAGCUUUCGCCAGAAGGUCACCCUUAUCAGACACCAGAGGACGCACACAGGGGAGAAGCCUUACCUGUGCUCUGAGUGUGGGCGUGGCUUUAGCCAGAAAGUCUCUCUCGUGGGCCACCAGAGGACACACACAGGGGAGAAGCCUUACGUGUGCCCUGAGUGUGGGCGUGGCUUUGGUCAGAAGGUCACCCUUAUCAGACAUCAGAGGACGCACACAGGGGAGAAGCCUUACCUGUGCCCUGAGUGUGGACGUACCUUUGGCUUCAAAUCACUCCUCACCAGACACCAGAGGACCCAUUCAGGGGAGGAAGCUUAUGUGUAUGGGGUAUGUGAGCAAAGACUUGGUCAGAAGACCCACCUCACCUCUGACCAGAGAACACACUCAGGAGAAAAGCCAUGUGUGUGUGAUGAGUGUGGACGUGGCUUUGGCUUCAAGUCAGCCCUCAUCAGACACCAGCGGACCCAUUCAGGAGAGAAGCCAUACGUGUGCAGGGAGUGUGGUCGUGGCUUUAGCCAGAAGUCUCACCUCCACAGACAUAGAAGGACCAAGUCUGGCCAUCACCUCCUGCCACAAGAGCUGUUCUCUUGAUGUUUGCUUUCCUUUCCUAUGAGUGUGUAGGUGGCAGAAAUAACUAGGAAAUGUUUCACUUUCCUUAAAUGCAAUUGAGGAAAAAAAAUGUUGCAUUCUUUCAGUGAUAAGAUUGUUGAUUUAUGGUUUACUUCCUGCACUAGCAAUGUGUUUUAAUUUGCUAGGGCUGACAUAACAAAAUACCACAGACUUGGUGGCUUAAAGAACAGAAGUUUGUUUUCUCAUUGUUCUUGAGAUUGGAAGUCCAAGAGCAAUGUGUAGGCAGUUUGCUUUUUACUGACGUCUCUCCCCUUGGCUUGCAGAUGGUUGCAUUCUUGCUGAGUCCUGAAAUGGCCUUUUUUUCUGUGUGUGUGCUUUCCUGGUGUCGUUCCUUCUUUCUGAGAACACCAGCCGUAUUGGGUUAGGGUUCUAUCCUAUGAGCUCAUAAUAUUUACCUUGUAAAGGCCCUGUCAUCAAAUAAAGUCACAUUGUAGGUUAUGGUUUCAAUGUAUGAAUUUGGGGGAACAAUUCAGUCUUAACAGCUCAGCCCUGUGGACCCCCAAAUGCACAUUCUUCACAUACAAAAUAUAUUCACCCCAUCUUAACAGUUGCAAAAGUCUUAACCCAUUCCAGCAUCAACUCUACAUUCAAAAUCUCAUCUAAAUCAAGUGUGGAUGAAAGACUAGAGGUACAUUUCAUCCUUUGGCACAAUUCCUUUCCAGCUGUGAACUUGUGAACCAAACAAGUUAUUCGCUUCCAAAAUACAAUGAUGGGACAGGCAGAGAAUUCACAUUCCCAUUUUAAAAGUGUAAGGAAGGAUUGAUGAGUCCCAAGCAAGUUUAAAACCUUGCAAGGCAAAUUCUAUUAGUUUUUAAGGCUUGAGAAUAAUCUUUGGCUGUAUCCUCUGCCCUCUGGUCCCAGUGGGGUAGCUGCCCCACCUUCUGUCCCACCCACCCUCACUGGGGUGGCAGUGGUUAUACCUGGCCCACUGAAACUGUGGAAGAACCAUGCUGGUUCCCCAGAUUUUUAUCCUCUGGGCCUGUUUUGGAAAUGGUCGAUCUGCUGGUCUCUAUUUCACCUUUGGGGUCAUUCUUUCCUCUUCCUGAUGGAUAACGUGUUUGUAGUCAGAUAGUUAGCUCUAUUCUCCCUUCUUGUAGAAUCCCUGAAGUCUGACAGCCUGCCAUCAUUUUGUCCCAUCUGUGUCACCUUUAGUUCUACUGAGAUGGUUGACUGGUUCCAAACUUCUCUUUAUCAAACCUUGUCUAGCCACAUCAUAGUAUUCUUUCCAGAACAUGCUUUCUCAUUUUUUACAAUAUGGAUAGGCUGAGAAUUUUCCAUAUCUCCAAACUGUGGUUCUCAAAAUGUUGCUUAACAGUUCCUUCAAUUUACUCUCUACUCCCACAUUUUACCGUAAGGAGGAAGGAGAAACCAGGAAGUACAUUCAACACCUUGCUUAGAAGUCUCCUCAGCUAAAUAUUUAUCACUUAUGUUGUAAUUUCUGCUUUCUGCAAAACACUGGAACACAGGCCAGGUUCUUUGCCGCUUUCUUUAUAACAAGGAUUGUGUUUCUUCCAGUUUGCAGUAACAUGUUUCUCACUUCUGAGGCAAUCCUGGCUUUUUAUAACAAGCACCUCAAACCUCCUCCAGCCUCUACCCAUCACUCAGUUCCAAAGCCAUUCCAUAUUUUUAGAUAUUACCCUUAGUAUCAAGAUUGUAUUUGUUUGCUAAGGCUGCCAUAACAAUACCAGAGGCUGAAUGGUUUAAGCAACAGAACUUUUUCUCAGUUCUGGAGGCUGGAAGUCCAACAUCAAGGUGUCAGCAGGGUUAUUUUCUAUUGAAGUCUCUCUCCUUGGCUUGCAGAUGGCUGCCUUCUAGCUGCGUCCUCACAUAGUCUUUCUUCUGUACAGGUUCUGGAGACAGUGACCUAUGGUGUCUCCUAUAAGGAUGCCAGCCCUUUUGGAUUAGGGCCCCAACCUUAUGCUACCAUUUAAAUCCUUGUUGUUGUUGUUGUUGUUGUUGAUUGCACCAUUUAAUCUUAAUUACCUCCUUAUGAGCCCUAUAUCGAACUACUGGGGGAUUAGGGCUUCAACCUGUGACCUCUGGGGGAAGAAUUCAGUUCAUAACACUGCCUUCUGGAUAACCCAAGUUUAUAUCUGGCCAACAACUGUGCCAUAAAGGUGUGUUCUGACCUUUCCUUUCCCCUUGAGUGUGAGGGUAGCAAAAAUCACUAGGAAAUGUUGUGCUUUCCUGAAAUGGAAUGGAGGGGAAAAAAAUGUUGCUUUCUUUCAGUGUUCAUUAGUUGGUCUAUCUCUUACUUUCUUAGCAGCAGUCCUUCUCUAUAUUUUAUAGCCUUUUGUUUUAAUAAACUGCUUCUUUACAAAGUUGCACACCUGUUUGUGUACCUCAUUCACUCAUCUGUCAAGAACCCCCCACAGUAUUGAGCCUCUUGGGAGACAUGAGAGAGUCACUAUCUAUUUGUUCUGGACUCUGGUCCUGUAGAGGGAGAGCCAUAUUAUAAUGGCCUUCAUCUUUACCCUUCUUAAAUCCUCCAAAGGACAUGGGGUCUCCAAGCCAUACACUCAGCCUCCACCAACAGCUGGCUGAAGGGCAUCCAUUAAUACCCAUCCCUGGAGUCCAGGGCCUAUUAGCUGUGCAUACAUGCCACUGAUUUAGCCCAAGGACAUGUGGCCUUCAGCCACCACCCUCCAGUCCUCCAGUCAGGGGCUGAGGAUCUGGAGCACCCAGCUUUAUAUCCAGGCCAAGGCACUGCCUUUUUGACUACUGUUUCUCAAUUUCUCUAAUCUCCAGAGCCUGACAAAUACUCAGUCUAUGACUAGCUAUGGCCCCUUGUCUUGGGCACUGAAUGGUCACUGCAAGGUCAUUUUUCCCCAGGACCGGAUGGCAUUACUGACUUAAAAUCCAGAGGCAAUAAAAGAUUAAUAAAGUUUAGUAUAUAAAACAAACAAACAAAAAACUUUUACGUGGCAAAAAAUAUACCAUAAGUAGUAUCAAAAGACAAAUGAUUGGAAGAAAAGUACAGUAAAACCUUGGAUUGUAACUUGUUCUGCAAGUGUUCCGCAAGACAAGCAAACAUUUCUAAUAAAUUUUAACUUGAUAAAUGAGCAAUGUCGUGCAAUACAAGUAUUAUGUGAUGCCAAAUGUCACAUGAUCACCACUGAGCCAAUGGUUCUCUCUCUCUCUUGCUGUGGGAUUGUGGAUGAUCACCUCCCAUGCUCAGAUGCUCGGUCUCAGGCUGCAGUGUUUGGCAGAAAUCAGUGAUUUUUCAGAAGGUUGAAAGGUGCCCACAACUGGCACUAGUGUAUUUUUUGUCACUUCAGAGCACC